AGAGAGUCGCGAGGCAUCAGUCGUUGGAGAAUCUAACGCGUUUUUUUCUCGCAUAUCGUUUACGUUUUAAGGUGUUUUAGGGUGUCGGGCGGGUGCACGACAGCCCAGGACCCAUAGCUACCAAUUAUUUCCAACAGCGUUUAUCUAAUAAACAAACAUUUAUUAGAUUGUUAAUAAAGUCUGGUGAGGUGUAUCCAGCAGCAAGGCGGCUAAUUUUACAAGAGUAAGACAGAGAUAGAAAACUAGUGGCGGCGGCUUUAUACGCCGGGAGGGAAGAACGCCGUGUGAGUGAAUAUUGUGAUAUUGUAAGUGACGCGGUGUUGGAAGAUAAUUCAAGAUUCGUGUGGACUCUAAAUCAACGGUCUAAUAAAUUCCCGACAGGAGUCGGUAAACAAAAAUUCGUGAUGUAUUGGAGAUUAGACGACUCACCUUCGCAAAUAUACAAUACAUUGGUGCUGAAGAAACAAUCUGUGUGACAAAGCAUAUAAAUUAAUAAGUGUGGAAUUAAAUAAUUUAUUAGUGUUUUUUUUUUUUUUUAUUUUUUAUUUUUUUUUUUAUUUAUUUAAUAAUAAUUGUCGACCCAAGUGUUUCAUGACGAACUAACCAAUAUAGUGUUGGUUUUUUUUUUUUUAAUUCAAGACUAUUAUUAUUGUUUGGAUUGGUGGACGUUGUUUUUUUUUAUUAUUUUAUAUUUUAAAUAAAUAAAUAAAUAAUAUUAUAAAUAUAAUUGUAAAAGUGAGAGAUUUUAAAAUAGGGGGGGCUGUUUGACCGAUGGACAAACGGAAGAUGUUGACGAAACGCCCUCGAAUGGAUACUAUGAGGGGCCCAAUUGCCAAUGGGCCCAUCCAAACUCGCCCGUUGGUUGCUCUACUUGACGGACGAGAUUGUUCCAUUGAGAUGCCUAUUUUAAAAGACGUUGCUACUGUCGCAUUUUGUGAUGCACAAUCCACAUCUGAGAUACACGAAAAGGUACUAAAUGAAGCUGUUGGAGCUUUGAUGUGGCACACAAUUAUUUUGACAAAAGAAGAUCUGGAGAAAUUUAAAACCUUAAGAAUAAUUGUGAGAAUUGGAUCUGGCGUUGACAAUAUUGAUGUCAAAGCUGCUGGGGAAUUGGGUAUCGCGGUUUGUAAUGUACCCGGUUAUGGUGUUGAAGAAGUUGCCGAUACGACACUUUGUCUUAUUUUGAACCUAUAUCGACGUACGUACUGGCUGGCGAACAUGGUCCGAGAGGGAAAAAAAUUUACUGGUCCUGAACAGGUGCGAGAAGCAGCACAAGGAUGCGCCAGGAUACGAGGAGAUACUCUCGGCAUUGUAGGCUUAGGGAGAAUUGGAUCAGCAGUCGCCUUGCGCGCCAAAGCCUUUGGAUUUAUCGUCAUGUUUUAUGACCCAUAUCUUCCAGAUGGUAUUGAAAAAUCGCUUGGACUUACUAGAGUUUAUACACUACAAGAUUUGCUUUAUCAAUCGGAUUGUGUAUCUCUACACUGUACCUUGAAUGAACACAAUCAUCACUUAAUUAACGAAUUCACUAUCAAACAGAUGAGACCUGGGGCAUUUUUAGUAAACACAGCCCGAGGAGGUCUGGUUGAUGAUGAUGCGUUGGCGGCUGCACUGAAACAGGGAAGAAUUCGUGCGGCAGCCCUUGACGUUCAUGAAAAUGAACCGUACAAUGUCUUUCAGGGUCAGUCCAAUGCGCAAUGUCCGUUGAAGGAUGCCCCCAAUUUAUUGUGUACACCACAUGCGGCAUUUUACAGUGAUGCAAGCUGCUCGGAACUUCGUGAAAUGGCUGCGAGUGAGAUACGACGAGCUAUCGUUGGACGUAUUCCCGACUGCUUGAGAAACUGCGUGAAUAAGGAAUAUUUCCACUCUUCCACCGGCAGCUACCCUGAGGCAAUCAACGGUGGAUACUAUGCGGGAACAUUACCAAUUCAACAGGCACAUUCGACGACGCCCCACGAUUCAGCACCUCCACCACCUGGAAGUCAUUCCGCCGUUGGCGUUGCUAGUAGUGCUGGUCCAAAUUCUUCGGCGGGAGGUGGCAAUGCCGGUCCUACCGGUCCCGCGGGUCCAACGGUAGGCGGUACCGGUGCCGGGGGUCCAGCAUCAGCCCCACCUACUGCUGGAUUACCUGGUCUACCACACAGCAUAGUGAGCGAGCCUGACCCCCGGCCAAGUCCACCUGCUCCGAGUCCUCGUUGACCUUGAACCCCCCAACGAUAUCAACAACUUUCAGCACCACCACCACCACCUCCAUCAUCCUCCGACCUAAUCUCCUCCCUUAACCAUCCAUAUGCAUCAUGAUCAUGAGUUAUAAGAAAUCACCCACAGUGCACCGGGACUGUCGACCGUGACCAACAUCACCCUCUAUUUGACACUCGACGAUCGACAGAACUAACAACAACCACAACCACAACAACAGCAAAUGGAAAAAUUUAAUAUUUAAAUAAAUAUAAAAAAAAAAGUAAAUAAAUAAAUAAAACAAAAUGUUCAUGAGGUAAUAAAUUAUGACACUUUUAUUAAACUAAAACGAAAAUAAAAAAAAAACGCCAACAUCAUUUACAAUUGACAGUGCAUUAUUGUGAAGAAAUGUAUUCCAAAAUCUGUCUACUGCUUCCGAGAUAUAAGUAUAAGGAAAGUAAGAACGAGAGCGGAGAUGAGAGAAUGAAAGAGUGGGAGAGUAAGAAUUAAAAUUAAAGAGAGCAAGAGAGAAUUUAAGUAUGACCUAAUAGUGUGUAAGACAGUGGAAAUAAAAAAAAAAAUAAUAAAAUAAAAAUAAAUUAAAAAAAAAAAAAAAAAA